GUAUAAAAGUCAUAACCAAAGGUAAUUCCAUUUUUUCUCCUUUGUUAUCAGACAUAUGUAGAGUGUGUCGGUCAGAAGGAACACCCGAGAAACCUCUUUAUCAUCCUUGUGUGUGUACUGGCAGUAUUAAGUUUAUCCAUCAAGAAUGCUUAGUUCAGUGGUUGAAACACAGUCGAAAAGAAUACUGUGAGUUAUGCAAGCACAGAUUCGCUUUCACACCAAUUUAUUCUCCAGACAUGCCUUCACGGCUGCCAAUCCAAGACAUAUUUGCUGGGCUGGUGACAAGUAUUGGCACUGCAAUACGAUACUGGUUUCAUUAUACACUUGUGGCCUUUGCAUGGUUGGGAGUUGUUCCUCUUACAGCAUGCCGCAUCUACAAGUGCUUGUUUACUGGCUCCGUGAGCUCACUACUGACACUGCCACUAGACAUGCUGUCAACGGAAAAUUUGUUGGCGGAUUGCUUGCAGGGCUGUUUUGUGGUGACAUGCACACUUUGUGCAUUCAUCAGCCUGGUGUGGUUACGAGAGCAGAUAGUCCAUGGAGGGGCACCAAUAUGGCUCGAGCAUGCUGCUCCACCCUUCAAUGCUGCUGGACACCACCAAAAUGAGGCUCCUGUAGGAGGAAAUGGUGCAGAAAACGCUGCUGCUGAUCAACCAGCUCACCCAGCGGGUGAGAACGCAGUGCUGGGUGAGAACCCUGAUGCCCAGGAUGGUCAAGCAGAAGAGGAGGAGGAGGACAAUGAGGAGGAAGACGAUGCAGGUGUGGAGGAUGCUGCUGAUGCCAACAAUGGAGCCCAAGAUGACAUGAACUGGAAUGCUUUAGAAUGGGAUCGAGCUGCAGAAGAGCUCACUUGGGAAAGAAUGCUUGGGCUUGAUGGAUCACUAGUGUUUCUGGAACACGUGUUCUGGGUGGUGUCUUUAAAUACAUUGUUCAUUCUUGUAUUUGCAUUUUGUCCUUACCAUAUCGGUCAUUUCUCCCUCGUUGGUUUGGGGUUUGAGGAACAUGUCCAAGCAUCUCAUUUUGAAGGUCUAAUAACGACGAUUGUUGGAUAUAUACUUUUAGCAAUCACACUGAUAAUUUGUCAUGCCUUGGCAACUCUUGUUAAGUUCCAUAGGUCUCGACGCUUGCUGGGAGUCUGCUAUAUUGUGGUUAAGGUUUCUUUGUUAGUUGUGGUAGAAAUUGGAGUGUUCCCUCUCAUUUGUGGCUGGUGGCUGGAUAUUUGUUCUCUGGAAAUGUUUGAUGCUACUCUGAAGGAUCGAGAACUGAGCUUUCAGUCGGCUCCAGGAACUACCAUGUUUCUGCACUGGCUGGUAGGAAUGGUGUAUGUGUUCUACUUUGCCUCCUUCAUCCUGUUGCUGAGAGAGGUACUUCGACCUGGUGUCUUAUGGUUUCUAAGGAAUUUGAAUGAUCCAGAUUUUAAUCCAGUACAGGAAAUGAUCCACUUGCCCAUUUACAGGCAUCUCCGAAGAUUUAUUUUGUCAGUGAUUGUCUUUGGUUCCAUUGUACUUCUGAUGCUCUGGCUUCCUAUACGUAUAAUUAAGAGUCUGCUGCCUAAUUUUCUUCCCUACAAUGUCAUGCUCUACAGUGAUGCUCCGGUGAGUGAGCUGUCCCUUGAGCUGCUCCUACUGCAGGUCGUCUUGCCAGCAUUGCUAGAACAGGGGCACACGAGGCAGUGGUUGAAGGGGCUUGUGCGUGCGUGGACUGUUACUGCUGGAUAUUUACUGGACCUUCAUUCCUACUUACUGGGAGACCAGGAGGAAAACGAGAACAGUGCAAAUCAGCAGGCCAACAAUAACCAGCCUGCUCGAAACAACAAUGCUGUUCCUGCUGGGGAGGGUCUGCAUGCAGCCCACCAAGCCAUACUCCAGCAGGGAGGCCCUGUUGGCUUUCAGCCUUACCGUCGGCCUUUCAAUUUCCCACUCAGGAUAUUUCUGCUGAUUGUCUUCAUGUGCAUAACAUUACUAAUUGCCAGCCUCAUCUGCCUUACUUUACCAGCUUUUCUAUUUUCAGUAUUUGCUGGCCGUUGGUUAAUGUCAUUUUGGACGGGGACCGCCAAAAUCCAUGAGCUGUACACAGCUGCUUGUGGUCUGUAUGUAUGUUGGCUAACCAUAAGGGCGGUGACGGUGCUGGUAGCCUGGAUGCCCCAGGGACGCAGAGUGAUUUUCCAGAAGGUGAAAGAGUGGUCCCUCAUGAUAAUGAAGACUCUGAUAGUUGCUGUGCUGCUGGCCGGGGUUGUCCCACUGCUCCUGGGCCUCCUGUUUGAGCUGGUGAUUGUAGCUCCUCUGAGGGUCCCUCUUGACCAGACUCCCCUCUUCUACCCUUGGCAGGACUGGGCACUGGGAGUGCUGCAUGCCAAAAUCAUCGCAGCCAUAACUCUGAUGGGUCCUCAGUGGUGGUUGAAAACUGUCAUCGAACAGGUUUAUGCAAAUGGCAUUCGGAACAUCGACCUGCAUUAUAUCAUCCGUAAGCUGGCAGCUCCAGUGAUCUCCGUGCUCUUACUUUCCCUGUGUGUACCGUAUGUCAUAGCUUCUGGUGUGGUUCCUUUAUUAGGUGUUACUGCCGAAAUGCAGAACUUGGUUCACCGGCGGAUUUACCCGUUUUUACUGAUGGUUGUUGUAUUGAUGGGGAUACUGUCCUUCCAGGUCCGCCAGUUUAAGCGCCUUUAUGAGCACAUUAAAAAUGACAAGUACCUUGUGGGGCAGCGCCUGGUGAACUAUGAGCGCAAAUCUGGCAAGCAAGGCCCGUCCACACCACCUCCACAGUCGUCCCAAGAAUAAAGUGCUUGUCUCAGCUCCUUGACCUUCUCCUUGCCUUUCCGUGUCCUUCUUUGUGGACUCUCACUCUGGAGAUUCUCAGCGCUGUUUUUAAGUUAAAUGUACUUGACUUGUGUCCUCAGCGUUCAGAGGGCAGCGCAUCCGGCUCUGCUGCUCCUCACUGCAUCUGCCGACAUCACUGCUGUCUGAGAUCUGUACAUGUGUAAAUAGGAGUUCCUCGAUGCCCUAAAACCUUGGAUUAAACAGAAUGUGCAUUGUACAUCUUUAACAAAUGUAUAUUAAUUUAUUAAAUCUAGUUGUCACUUUAUUUUGGACCUGCUGUGAUCUCGACAGGAAAUGUGCCACAGAGCAGUAGUGCAUAGGCAAGACUUUGAGUGACAGCUUGUGGAGCACAGUUUAUGGUGUUGCCAGCCAUUCUCACCAGAUAACUAACUGCAUCCUGUUCUUGGCUGGCCAGUCCUUACCAGGAGCCAAAUGAGCAGUGGACAGAGUGCCUCACAAACAGUUGUGUUUGGAAGUUAUUCCAUGUAACACCAAAGCUGUUGUACAUUUUCUACUGCCCGAUUGUCUUCAUGUGUCCGUGUUUGUAAUAUUGUAUAGUAUGUUGCGCUAGAUGAGGAAAUUAUUUUUAAUUUUGAUAAUUUAAUAUUCCUAGUGGUCAGAAUCGGGAGUUGGGGUUUUCUGCUUGCUAGGGGCAUGUUUAUACUUAGAAAGAUACACUAGCAAUGAAGGCUUUCAUUAGUCUCCUCCCUUUCCAUACAGCUCUUCCUCCUGUCAGCAGGGGCCAAAGUGUCAUGCCAGCUGUGAGAAAUCUUAGGGGAUAACAUCAAAUAAUACUCAUUGUGAUGGGUUGGAGGCUAACGUCAGGCUGUGGUGUGGAGCUGUCAGUGUGCUGCAGCUGAGACCCAGUGACUACAGCAGGAACUUGCACAAAUAAAAGUAGGUUUUAUUUGUUGAAAGGAAGCAGACUGCGCUGGUCUCCUGCUAUAGGAAGGAGCUGCAUUGAAGGAAGUGCUGUGAGGCCUUAGAGAACUGAACACUCAAGCCUGGUUCCUGUAGCCAAAGUUUGAAGUUUAAAAAGAAUAGGAUGGUUGGUCCGUCAUCCAAAUGUUUAAUGGUAAAGGUGUAUUGUAAGGUUAGUAUUAGAAGCGUUCCUAGACUAUAAAAGAAUUCCACGGAGUAUUAAAACCCAUAGGUAGAAAGAACUGAAUUUUGCUCCCCCCCUUUAAGUACAAAAGCCAAACAUAAGCUACCAAAAUUAAGAGCAAUGUGUUCUGCUUUUGUUUGCUUUUUUUAUUCACUAAGUGAUAAACAACAGUAUAUUUAAAACAAAAACAGUGCUUGCCAUGGGAUCCAGUGUUAUUAACACUGUUUGUCACUUUGUAACAGUUCUUUCUCUUGUGUGUAGUGUACAGGCAUCCUUCUAGCAAACCCACCUUUACUUACAGACUUAGACCUGUUAUAAAGAAUUAGCGUUUUAAAAUGUGGCGCUACCUGCCAUGGAUACGUCUGUGAAAAACCUAAUCUUUUGGGGAGAAAGAUGUCAGUGAAUUGGUCAUAUACCAUUAUUUAUAUUUCAUUUUUUGAAGACUUUAUGGGCCCACUACAAAGUUAUUAACCUCCGAAAUUCUAAACAAACCUUGUUUUGUUGAAAAAACAAUACAGGUUACCAAAAUUUGCCCCUAUUUUAUUGGCAGGAAGCUCUGUGCUCUCUUACUGCAGGGUUUUCAGUUGUGUUUUGUCCUGUGGCUCUCAGUUAGAUACAUCCUCAUAAGAUUUUAUUGUACAUAACAGUUGCUAGGGUGGCAUACAGGGUUUAUUCACCAAUACCCUAAACAAUUAAAGCCCUCAGUUCAGGAA